AGCUUAACUUUAUUAGAUUUGACAUUCUAACAAUAAGCUUUUCUCGAAUUACCGUCUCCGAAAAAUGCGUCUCCCCUUCCCUAUAAAAAUAUGACCCACGCAAAUCGAUGGCCCUCACGGUCAACAAUGUCCCCCACCAUAUCCCAUCCCCUUCUACACAAUCUGCUUUCGUGGCACGAUUUCUCGCUGCCGCAGUUACUUCUCCUUCUCUCGGGCAUUCUAGCAAUCAGCUGUUGGGCAUGGCUUCGUUUCGCCGAGAAGAAAAGCUCGCCGCCGCUGCCGCCUGGACCGGCAGGCCUCCCCCUCGUCGGGAACCUGCCCUUCCUCGAUCCGGAGCUCCACACCUACUUCGCCGCCCUCGCGAGGACGUACGGCCCGGUGCUGAAGCUCCAGCUUGGCAAGAAGCUCGGUGUCGUCGUCACGUCCCCGGCCACCGCUCGCGAGGUGCUGAAGGAUAAUGACGUCGUCUUCGCCAACCGAGACGUGCCCAUUGCUGGGAGGAUCGCGUCCUACGGCGGCUCGGACAUCGUGUGGACCCCGUAUGGGCCCGAGUGGAGGAUGCUCCGGAAGGUGUGCGUGCUCAGGAUGCUGAGCAACCACAUGCUGGACUCCGUCUACGAGCUCCGGCGGAGGGAGGUCCGGAAGUCCGUGGGGUACUUCAGGAGCCGGGCCGGGUCGCCGGUGAACGUUGGGGAGCAGGUGUUCUUGACGGUGCUCAACGUGAUCACGAGCAUGCUCUGGGGUGGGACGGUGCAGGGCGAGGAGAGAGACAGCUUGGGUGCUGAUUUCAGGCAGGUGGUGUCCGAUAUGACGGAGCUACUUGGGAAGCCGAACAUUUCGGACUUUUACCCGGGUCUGGCCCGAUUCGAUUUACAGGGGAUAGAGAAGCAGAUGAAGGGGUUGGCAAAACGGUUCGAUGGAAUCUUUGAGAGGAUGAUUGAGCAGAGGUUGAAGAUGAAGAGAGAUGGCGGAAGCGAGUGCAGAGAUUUCUUGCAGUUUCUGCUGAAGUUGAAGGAUGAGGAAGAUGCCAAGACUCCUCUGACAAUGACUGGCCUCAAAGCUCUGCUCAUGGAUAUGGUGGUCGGUGGAUCGGACACAUCCUCCAAUACAGUUGAGUUUGCCAUGGCUGAGAUCAUGAACAAACCUAGUGUUCUGAGAAAUAUCCAACAUGAAUUGGAAACUGUAGUUGGCAAUGACAACAUAGUAGAAGAAUCUCACAUUCCUAAACUACCUUACUUGCAUGCCGUCAUGAAAGAGGCACUGAGAUUGCACCCAGCGCUUCCCCUGCUGGUCCCCCACUGCCCGAACGCGACCUGCACCGUCGGAGGCCACACGAUCCCGAAGGGCUCUCGGGUCUUUAUCAACGUGUGGGCAAUACAUAGGGACCCUUCGAUAUGGAGCGACCCGCUGGAGUUCAACCCCGAGAGGUUUUUGCAUGGUAAGGGCGAUUACAGUGGGAACGACUUCAACUACUUCCCCUUUGGGUCCGGGAGAAGAAUAUGCGCGGGGAUAGCAAUGGCCGAGAGGAUGGUGAUGUACUCGCUCACCACGCUCUUGCAUUCCUUCGACUGGAAGCUGCCCGAGGGAGAGAAGAUGGAUCUAAGAGAGCAGUUUGGGAUUGUCUUGAAGAAGAAAAUGCCUCUAGUGGCUAUUCCUUCGCCGAGGUUCUCUGAUCCUCGCCUUUAUGAAUGAGUACCGCUGCAUGUUGGUAUGGUUUCUUUAUAUAAUCUUAUGUGAAUGGAACCAGGGGAAAAAUUGCAUUUACCUAUGUUCAUGCGGUUAAUGAAACUCCAAUCUAUGCGGUUAUUUGAUCAUGUUUACAUAUCGCAGAGAUACAUAUUUUUAAAGUGAAAAAAAAAGUCACAUGUUGCAUCA